CUCGGCUCAAGCUACUACCACAACUAUUACAAUUAACUUUUCAAAGAAUGUGGAUGGUUAUGCUGUAACAUGGGGUACAGGCAGGAGUGCAAACCGGACGCUCAUUACAGGAACAACUUUAACACUGAAGAACCUAGCCGAGGGAACAAAGUACAGUAUAAACUUUCUUAAGCCUGAAAUUCCUUUUACUUGGUACUAUAUGUACACUACACCCACAACAAACCUUUCCAUUGCCUCAGUCACACACCAAACAAUUACCGUCAGCUUUCAGUUAACAUUACGGUCAAAAAUAGCUUAUUAUUAUUGUGUUAACUAUACCUUAAGAGCUGUAUCCUCAAUUCAUGUGAAUCAAUCCAUCAAGCAAAUAUGCCAAAGGGUUUCAACCUUUGUUAUUCAUGGAUUAGAAGAGGAUGCAGAAUAUGAGCUACUUGGUUUCGGUCAAAAUGACGACAGGCAGAAUGGGCCGCUCUUCUCACCUGUUUCCGUGACUACCGAUCCGGGACCACCAAGCAGGGCACCUUCAAGUUUGGUUGUAACUCCGCCGAAAGGCCAGUCGUACUCGCUGACCUGGAAACCCAUUGAUUUCCGCCAUGUAAACGGACGGUUCACCCACUACAGUAUUAUCUACAAACUUGGAGACAAGUCAAUGUCAGCCAAUGUUACCGUGCCUGUUUUCAAUUUUACCACACUUGCUGAUGACGUGCCGUACAAUAUCAGUGUGGCAGUAGUAUCAGCAGGUGGAGUGGGACCUUACGCCAACAUUGAGCCGAAUAGGCCUACGUUAGUUAUGACAAAUGACUCCGGACCAACGUGGAUCAGUUUGAAUAUAUCUGCUUCGCUUGGCUUCUACCGCAUUGUCAAGUAUUGUGCGCAUCUUUCUAGAACUUCGGUCUCCGGAGUAAGCCAAGGAGUAGGGAGCACAACGAUUUGCAGCAACACAAGUUUCAUCACUUUCCGAAAUCUAGAGGAAGCAGCCAAGUUUAACGUGACGGCGUCUGUGACCAGUAGUAUUAGUCGAAUCACUGCCUUGCCUUCUUUGAGCAUCGGAACCAAACCAACAGCACCGACUGGGCACCCUCUAAAUAUGACGGUCACCAUGAAAUCCCAAGAUGGUUUUGUUUUAGUAUGGGCACCAGUGCCAUAUUUGCUUUUGAAUGGCUUUCUGAGGUUCUAUAAUGUAAGUGUGCAAGCAACCGGUACCGUGACACGAUAUUCGACCACGCGUAAUAAUACUAUUAGGUUUGACACUUUGGACUUUGGACGAGACUAUACUGUUAAGGUGCGUGCAACAAACGAGGUGGGCAGUGGCCCUGCAGCAAUGAUUACAGUCCGAGUUCCUCAAGAUAUACCAGUGAUAGAUUCACUCACUACGGUGGAAAAUUCAACGAGUUUACAAGUGUCCGCUCUACGGCUUCCUGGCAUUCUAUUCCACGCAAAGGAGUACUGUGCCUCAUACAGACGUCUAUCAACUUCUGGUCAUCGAUCGACAGACCACUCAGUCAGCCAGCUCUGUUACACAGAAGAGUCGUUUCUGAUCACCAACUUGCAGGAGAACUCUACCUACAAUGUUUCUGUAUUUGUACGCAACACGUUUAACAACGACAGCAACAUCAAGAGUGUACUUGCCAUUACAUUAGAAUCCUUGCCAACAGAAUCCCCGACGAAUAUCACCUUGGCGGGAGCGACCUUAUCUUCACUCACUUUGUCAUGGUCUGCAUUGCCAGUUCUUGAACUCAAUGGCAUCCUGCAAUGGUACGUUGUGAAUUAUACGCAAGAAGGCUCAGGGAUACUGAUGACUGUCAUGGUAAAACAGGAAGACUUCACCGUGGAAAGUCUCGAUUUCGGCACUGCGUACACAUUCCAAAUAGCGGCUCUUUGUACAGGUGGUCAGGGACCUUUUUCGAAUGUCUUCAAAGCUUUUACUGGACAAGAUGUACCGGUGGUAGAAUCACUGAUCACAGUUGAAAAUACAACAAGUUUACACGUGUCCAUUGUAAUGCCGACUGGCACUCAAUUCAAAGCAAAGGAAUACUGUGCCUCGUACAGACGUCUAUCAACUUCUGGUCAUCGAUCGACAGACCACUCAGUCAGCCAGCACUGUUACACAGAGGAGUCGUUUCUGAUCACCAACUUGCAGGAGAAUUCUACCUACAAUGUUUCUGUAUUUGUACGCAACACGGUUGACAAGGACAGCAACAUCAAGAGUGUACUUGCUAUUACAUUAGAAUCCUCUCCAACAGCAUCACCGGCGAAUAUCACUGUGAAGGCAGCGAGCGUUUCUUCACUCACUUUGUCAUGGUCUGCAUUGCCAGUUCUUGACCUCAAUGGCAUCCUGCAAUGGUACGUUGUGAAUUAUACGCAAGAAGGCUCAGGGAUACCGAUGACUGCCAUUGCAACACAGGAAAAUGUGACAGUGGAUGGUCUCGAAUUCGGCACUGCGUACACAUUCCAAAUAGCGGCUCUUUGUACGGGUGGUCAGGGACCUUUUUCGAAUGUCUUCAAAGCAUUUACUGGACAAGAUGCACCAUCAGCGGCCCCUGUUCUAAAUGUGGUGAACGUAACUACCACUUCGUUCAGCUUGUUCUGGACUGAAUUGGACGUGUUCCAUCGUAAUGGCCCCAUCACUGGAUACCGGGUGAAUAGCAGCGAUGGCAGGCUGUUGAACACCACGCGUCUGAAUAUUCAACUAACUGCCUAUCAGCCCAAUACUGUACAUCAAGUUAGUGUUGCUGCUAUUGGAUAUGGCGGCCUUACCGGCCCCGCAGCAACAAUUCAAGUCAAAACAUUAGAUGCAGUUCCCGACCGACCAGCCGUGGUGGUGACGUCUACUGCAAACGACAUCUCAGUAAGCAUUGUGCCAACAAUCACAACAAACUGGACAGUUAAUCAAUACUGCAUCUCUCUGGAUGGAAUACCAACCACCGGUCUCAAUUGGACAUUAGCACUCAAUACCAAGACUAUCUGCAGCGCUACAGCAGCACCUCAGACAUAUCCCGGUCUUGAGGAGUUCACAACAUACCAGAUAAGCGUAUGGGUCACCAACAUUGAAGCCCGAGCUGGUGCUAAUACUACUGUAGGUAUUACAACACAAACAGCCAGGCCCAGCUCAGCCCCUCAGUCCCUGAGUGGCACCAGCACUGUCCACGAGAUUGCCCUCACUUGGAGUCCACCCCCACCUAUUGAUCAGAAUGGUAUUAUUACACAGUACGUGAUCAAUGUCAGCGCCACCUCUCCCAUUGCCAAGACCUUGCCCAAACAGGUGGUGUUUGGAACUGUCACCAGUACAACGCUGAACACUCUUCAAGCAUACACGGAUUACAAUAUCUCUAUAUCAGCUAAAACGUCGGCUGGAGUUGGCCCUGCCUCCACGUCCAUUUUAGUUACCACCGCAGAAUCCAUGCCAUCAACCGGUCCUAGCAUAGAGUCCGUGAUUGCUCUAUCCAGCUCAACUAUCCAUGUCAACUGGUCAACGCUAGCACAACAGGAACUGAAUGGUGUUCUCCAGGGCUACCGGGUCCAGUGGACAAACGCUGCUGGUCAGUCAGAAAAGCAGGAGUUGAAGGCUAACGUGACAUCAGUUGUUCUGACUAAUCUCACAGCACACACGCUGUACAAUAUAUCAGUGAGUGCCAAGACCACUCCAGGCCAUGGUCCGUAUGGAGCAGCAUCAGCAAUACAAACACAAGAGAAUGUACCAUUAACUGGUCCUAGUAUACAGACUACAAUGGCGUUAUCCAGCUCAUCUAUCUAUGUCAACUGGUCAACUCUAACACAACAGCAACUCAAUGGUGUUCUGCAAGGCUAUCAGGUACAAUUCACAGAUGAUGCAGGUCAGGUCAGAGCUGCGGAGUUGAAGGCUACGGAAACGUCUACUUUACUCUCAAAUUUGCGUGUCUUCACUGAGUACAGUAUGUCGGUGCGAGCUAAAACUAGUGCUGGUUAUGGUCCGUACGGAAUAGCAGCGAAGCAGAGAACGAAGGCAGGCGUCCCAGCUCAAGUAACUGGUGUAGAUGUGAAGUUACAGUCCAGCACUGACAGCAUCACUGCUAAUGUGUCUUGGUCACCUCUCACCAAUAUUCAUGGCACAAUCACUGCCUACAUAGUCUGCUAUCAGCCAGUCAAUGCCGCUGACCGUCACGUCAAGUUGCCAGUGUCAGCUAAGGCCUCAACUACAGUGCUAAGAAACCUAACCGACAAACAAGACUAUGAGUUCACGGUGCAUGGAGUAACUAGUGCUGGUGGUGGCAACAACAGCACAACAAUCACACAGACUGGAUUGCCUAAAAGGCCUGGCACCAUAUCCAAUAUAUCGGUGAACUUUCUCAACAGUAGCAGUGUACAGAUGGCCUGGACGAUAUCACCAGUGUCACAGCCCGACCAGUACCGGCUCUUUGCUUACUCUCACACGGACUCCAGCACUACUGGGCUAGAGUCAGGACGAACAGCGAGCACAUCAGCUGCUGCAGUACUGGUCAUGAACAAGACUGUGAUUGGUUCUAUCACUGACACAACAUUGAGCGGUCUGAAUGCCAGUACACACUAUGCAUUUGAUGUCAUUGCCGUGAACGCAUACAGUAGCACUCUCUUCAGCAGUGCAUCCACCGUGAACUUUAAGAACCUCAGCACGUCGGCCGCUUUCUACAAGACUCCUGAAGGACGUCCAGCUGAUGGGAAGACUUCCGACACUGACAACCUCACUAAUAUUGCCGUUGCAGCUGGUGCGGCAAUGGCUGUCUUGCUUGUCGGCGUUAUUGCUUUAUUUGUCCUCAGAAGACGACGGAUGGGAAGCAGCGUACUGGUCACACCGUAUAAGGGUGUGAUGGAGUCUCGCUUCAGUAUCACCUCCACCAUGACCCUGGAAAUGAACACAGCAGACGCAGAUGCCGCUGCUCAAAAAAGUCAGUCCAAUCUGAAUCCCGUCGUUGAAUCCAAGGCUGUGAGCCGUGGCCGUAGUGUCUCCAUUCCAGUGGAUAGUGCAGACAGCAGGGCUGUUGUCAGUACCACCGUGGGGAGCACUGUCAUCCUGCCCGUGCCGGAAAGACUCUCCAACAUCGGUUGCUAUGCCGGCACCGGCACUGAUGACGUGAACACGGAGAGGACAUGGAGAAGAGCGGGUGUCCUUAUCGAGGACCUGCAGGCAUCAGGUCGCUUCACCGUGCUGGCAAACGGUGAUUUACAGAUUUCCCGUGCUCUUGCUGAAGACUCCGGUAUCUACUCUUGCACUAUGACGCUGGUGGAUGAGAGUAACUACGAAUCAGACAGUGAAACUGACAUCGUUAUCCUUACCGUUGCUCCACGAGGGUUUGCAGGACUUACAGUUGCUGGCCUGCAGCCCGAUGACGACUCAACCAUCUAUGAUCGAGUAGCGCUGGGCACUACGCCCUGCCCCACACAGCACAAUGCAAGCACAUUGCUGAAAGACGAUGGUGAUGCCGAUAGUGGCCAGGAAUAUGACCUGUAUCAAACUAUAGGAAUACUCAGCACUAACCUUGCAGCACAAGCACACUCAGCCGAGGAUGCAGCAGCAGACGCAGCACUGUGGGACGUAGAGCCAAACUAUUGCAAGGCUCCAAGCGCAGCUCUAGCCUUCGUUGACGUGGACGAAGGCGCUGGCGGGCUCUACACCAGAUGUCCGGCUGUGAAGAAACCAUUCAACAGGGCAGCAGCCACCACCACCACCACCACCAGGGCCAUCGCCGCUACUUCUGUAGACCAGAGUGACAGCCCUUCACUCAGUGAUGCUCCAUAUGCUACUUGCCCGAAAGUGCUCAGACCUGUCCAGCCAGAGAACGCGGCGCAAAUCCGAGAUGCAGCAGGUGCAGAUUUGGUCGAUGAGCCGAGCCCUGCAUCAGCAUCUGAAGUUGGUUCUCCAGCUGAAGGAAUCUAUGACAUCCCUUGUACUUCAUCAGGCUAGGUUAUACCCGGACGCAAGUGCAACACAUGGCAAUUAGCAGGCAAUUUAAUUGUUUUUGUCAAGUUGGAAAAAUCACUCUGCGACUGGAGCGCAGGAGUGGAAUGUUCACAUUGUUUAACCAGUGUAACCUGAUAACCUGAUUAUCAAUGUAUCAACCUUUGUUCUCCAGAGGUUAAUUGAGCCACUAGGGUUCUUGCCGCUUGUCCUAAUUAAACUAUGGUGCUGCCUGGCAGUCGUAAGGAGCAGGGUUGCGUUCUCUUAACACACUGCCCUGUGUCUUGAAACAGCAGCUGGCCUGCUCCAAAUGCAUCUCAUACAAAUUCAGACUGUCUGCGAAGAUAGUUCCCAGGCGCUAUGCCAGUACAUUGGCACGUGGAUGCAUGCAUGCACACACGUGCAUGUCUGCCAACCUACAUACAUGCACACACACAUACACAUAAUUAUAUCCCUGGCUGAAUGCAUGUACGCUUUGCCCAUCACACUAUUUGCAUGUCUGUUGCUGUCACUAUUUGCUUGGUCAUCUUUUGCUUGUGUUGCUUAUUUAUUCGAAAGGCCUAGUCGAAAUUAUAAUGGCUUCUGUGCUUGGUGUGCUGAUUAGCUUUCCUCCAACCAAAAAUCUAUUUAUUCCUGAAUGUAUACAUACAUGUUGGUAUUUUCGACAUGUUCCCAAUUUGUCAUGCGCUCUUCACUGGGUAUUCUCUCUUUUUUUCUUCAUUUAUAACCCAGAUCUGUUGUUUUCCUGCCACAGUCUCUGUAUAUGUCACUGUAUUUCUACCAGAGUUAUGUUUCCUAUUGUGAUGCCUGCUCCCCUGCUGGUCAUUCCCUGUGUGUGGUCGCUGCUGGUCAUUCCCUGUGUGUGGUCGCUGCUGGUCAUUCCCUGUGUGUGGUCGCUGCUGGUCAUUCCCUGUGUGUGGUCGCUGCUGGUCAUUCCCUGUGUGUGGUCGCUGCUGGUCAUUCCCUGUGUGUGGUCGCUGCUGGUCAUUCCCUGUGUGUGGUCGCUGCUGGUCAUUCUCUGUGUGCACUGUUAUCAAACUCAAUCUUCAGUGCAAUACCGAGCGGUUGCUGAUUUGUAUGCAUGUGAUGUCCAGCUUGCAUGUUGUUGAAACUUA